AUGCCUCGGGUUGUUUGCGUUGCUGAGAAAAACUCUAUUGCAAAGGCGGUUGCUGGAAUACUAAGUGGAGGAAGAUGUUCCAGACGAGACAGUCCUAACAAGUAUAUCAAAAACUAUGAUUUCACUUUCAGCUUCGGGUUCAGCGGCUCGAGCAGUGUAACAAUGACGUCCGUGGCCGGACAUCUGACAGGGCUGGACCUUGACCAGGCUCACGGGUGGGGGAAGUGUCCGAUUCCGCAGGUCUUUGACGCGCCUAUCGUAGAUACGCGAACCAAAGACCAGCAGAAAAUCGCAGACAACAUCAAAAAAGAAUGCAGGAAUGCCGACUAUCUUAUGAUUUGGACAGAUUGCGAUAGAGAGGGCGAGUACAUUGGAUGGGAGAUCGUGCAGACCGCAAUACAGGCCAAUCAGUCACUACAGGCAAAUGUUUACCGUGCGGUUUUCUCGCAUUUAGAGAGCGGGCAUAUCAUGCACGCUGCGAGAAACCCCAAGCGGCUCGAUCAGCGAGCCGUUGACGCUGUGAGAACGCGAAUGGAAGUCGACUUGAGAUCGGGUGUGGCCUUCACGCGUUUUCUUACCGAGCUUCUGGGGUCUACAGUCGGGCGCGACUCUGGUUCCAAAAACGAUCAGAGGCCAAUUAUAUCGUACGGGACCUGCCAGUUCCCAACUCUGGGAUUCGUGGUCGACAGGUUCGAAAGAAUUCGGAAAUUUGUUCCGGAGAAAUUCUGGUUUAUACAGAUCUCGAUCCCAAACGACAGCGAAAAAACAGUUUUCCAGUGGGAAAGGGGCCAUCUAUUUGAUAGGCUUGCUGUGGCAGUGAUCUACGAACUCUGUCUCGAGGCUUCCGGGAAUAUCGCCAAAGUUGCUGAUCUGAAGUCAAAACCUACAACAAAGUGGAGGCCACUACCCUUGACCACUGUGGAGUUACAAAAAAACUGCUCGAGAUUUUUAAAGAUGAGUGCAAAGACAUCUCUCGAUGCCGCAGAAAAGCUGUACCAAAAAGGAUACAUUUCAUACCCCAGAACAGAAACCGAUAUAUUCCCUCCAAAUAUGGAUUUACAGGCGCUAGUUCAGCAACAGACAAACGACCGCCGAUGGGGAGAGUAUGCUCAAAAUCUCUUGAACGGGAACGGCCCCAAUUGCUUCAAAUGGCCGAGAGCUGGUAAGAAUGAUGAUAAAGCGCAUCCCCCGAUCCAUCCCAUUGUCAGCUGUGGCGAGGGCCUAGAUAACGAAAACGAAAAAAAGGUGUACGAGUACGUUACAAGGCAUUUCUUAGCGUGCUGCUCCGAAGACUCCAAGGGUCACUCAACAACGAUGGUUUUACAUUGGGGCCCGGAGGCCUUCACUGCCAACGGAAUAGUCGUGCUUGAGCGGAAUUUUCUGGACGUCUACUUGUGGAUGAAAUGGGAGACAACGAAGCAACUGCCGAAUCUCAACGUUGGUCAAGAAGUUGAGCUUCUGACCUACUUAAUGAAAGAUGGACAGACCUCUCCUCCCAACCAAAUGACUGAAAGUGAGCUUAUUCUUCUGAUGGAUGCCAAUGGGAUUGGAACGGACGCCACAAUUGCAGAGCACAUCGAAAAGAUUCAACAAAGAGAUUACAUCAAGAAAAAGAAGGUGAAUAAGCAAACAUACCUAAUUCCAACCACAUUGGGGAUCUCUCUUGUUCACGGUUUUGAGGCCAUUGGGUUAGAAGAUUCUUUUGCGAAACCAUUUUUACGGCGCGAGAUGGAGCUUGAUCUCAAGCUAAUUUGUAGCGGGAACAAAAAUCGUGCGGAUGUUGUCAAAGAUUUGAUAAACAAGUACCAGAAUUACUAUGGAUUGACCUCUACGAAACAAGUCAAAUUAAUCGAAACGUACACUAACAUAAAGUCAGUUAUGUAA